AUGAGUUGGGGCAAACGCCACGAUACUGCCCAGUGUUCCCGUACUCACCGCAACAUUAUAGAAGACGCGCUACAGAAAUAUUUUGAUUGGUUACUCAAGAUUCGAGACGACGCGCUACGAUAUGCGUCACCACGGGGUGUUGCAUGUGCGGCGAGUUAUAUUGAGCUGCCUCCUCCUCAUCAGCUACCAGAAGAAAAAGAUCAGCUAUCCGAGUCCUUUGACGAACGCAAGUCUUCUUGGGAGAGUCCGUGGUUGAAGGACCUCCGGCUCGUGCGGCAGUGGCAAGAUGAGCAGACAUAUACCCUUUACAACACGUGGUUUGCGAAUACUGACCACGACCAUGAUACGCAAGACGCCUGUCAGCAGGGGACCGACCUAGCAACCGCUCUGGACAUGGCCCUGGAGGCCGCGCUGCGCAGGACUACGGGCGUGGAUAGCAACACCUUUCCCGCCACUCUGCAAGCUCUUUUGGAGCAUCUCAGCAAAGGAUGCUGUGUACUGCAUGAAGGUGGUACUAAACCGGGCAAUAACACCGGGGGAGCAUUCUUCGCCACCACCAGACCCUUGAUCCACGAGUGGCAUAUGGAGCAGCUCCAGAGAGAAAUAAUACGGCACGGGAACUGCCUGUCGCGAACGCGAGAAGUGGCCAAGGGCUGUAAGAAAGCCCAGGCGCGGAAUCAAGAACGAUGGAGCAAUAAAUACCCGGAAGGUGGCAGGGUGACCCUCAUGAAGAGUCAUGGAUUGGGCAGCCCCCUCAGAGAGGUGUGCGACUCGGAUGAUCAGGAAUCUCCUGUUGACUCAUAG